CGGGCGGCCCAUGGGGCCGGGCCGCGCUGCGGAUGGAGCCGCUGCGCAACGGCGCCGGCGGCGCCGCCGCGGAUGAGAAGCCGAGGCGGCGAGGAGCGGGGACGGACGGCGGCGGACCCUCGCGACGGCGGAGCAGCGGCGCGGCGGGCGUUGACAGCGCGGCGGGGGCGCAGCCCCGCGAACGGGGCGGCUCCGUCAGCCGCCAGCGCCGGGACUCGGUCCGCAAGAACCGCCCGCUCUUCCCAUGGUUUGGUUUGGACAUCGGUGGGACCUUGGUCAAACUGGUUUAUUUCGAACCCAAGGACAUCACAGCCGAGGAGGAGGAGGAAGAAGUGGAGAACCUGAAAAGCAUCCGCAAAUACCUGACGUCCAACGUGGCCUACGGCUCCGCCGGCACCCGGGACGUGCACCUCGAGCUCAGGGACCUCACCCUGUGUGGCAGGAAGGGCAACCUGCACUUCAUCCGCUUCCCCACCCACGACAUGCCUGCCUUCAUCCACAUGGGAAGCCAGAAGCACUUCUCCAGCCUCCACACCACGCUGUGUGCCACGGGAGGCGGCGCCUACAAAUUCGAGCAGGACUUUCGCACAAUGGGUGACCUUCAGCUCCGUAAGCUGGACGAGCUCGACUGCCUUAUUAAAGGAGUUUUGUACAUCGAUUCUGUUGGAUUCAAUGGACGUUCAGAGUGCUACUAUUUUGAGAACCCAACAGAUGCUGAGAGAUGUCAGAAGCUCCCAUUCAACUUGGAGAACCCUUAUCCCCUCCUCUUGGUGAACAUUGGCUCAGGGGUCAGCAUUUUGGCUGUGUAUUCCAAAGGAAACUAUAAACGGGUUACAGGCACCAGCCUCGGAGGAGGAACCUUUUUUGGUCUCUGCUGCCUUCUCACAGGCUGCUCCACCUUCGAGGAGGCCCUGGAGAUGGCCUCCCACGGAGACAGCACCAAGGUGGACAAGCUGGUGCGGGACAUUUACGGAGGAGACUACGAGCGGUUCGGGCUGCCAGGAUGGGCUGUGGCAUCCAGCUUUGGAAACAUGAUGAGCAAGGAGAAGAGGGACUCUGUCAGCAAAGAGGACCUGGCCAAGGCCACUCUAAUAACCAUCACCAACAACAUUGGCUCCAUCGCCCGCAUGUGUGCCCUCAAUGAGAACAUCAACCGGGUGGUGUUCGUGGGCAACUUCCUCCGCAUCAACACCAUCUCCAUGAGGCUCCUGGCCUAUGCUCUGGACUACUGGUCAAAGGGGCAGCUGAAGGCACUUUUCUUGGAACAUGAGGGUUAUUUCGGUGCCGUGGGUGCUCUCCUGGAGCUGCUGGGCUUAUCCUGACUCCUGCACAUCCUCAUCCCAUAAACCAGGGCCUCCUGCAGCACCAGACCCACGUUUCUCCAUCUGCUCAGUGACUGUUGGGUUGUGCAUGACCUGAGGGGAGGAGGAGGAGGAGGAGGGGAAGGGGCCUGAGCAGCUGAAGCCCAUCCUUGUAGCAGCCCAGGUUUGUCUCCACUGUAAAACCUGGCUGCAUGUAACUAUACCAAAGAGGUGACUCCUGUUUACAGUCACACACUUGGGAUCUGGUCUCCAAUGUUCUGUUUCAACAUUGUUUCAUUGUUCAGCCACAGGAGUUUCUGGGGAAACCCCCCUGCAGCAGCUUGGAAGCAGCUCUGGGGCUGGGGGGGCUUCCUGCACAACUCCAGAGAGGCUGACAGCAGCUUUAAAGAAGCAAAGGAGUGGCGGGGGGGGGGGCUGGAAUCCUCCCUGCUGGGCUCUGGGCACAAGUUCUUGCUGGGUUUUGACCUUUCCUCAGGAGCUGAAGCAGCUCUUUGGGCAGAAGGGCACCCAGCUCUGCCUGCUGCUGCAGCCCUGGCUCAGCAGCUCGUGGGGCUCAUUGCACAGGACCUGCCUUUUCUGGCCCAUUCAGGCCUUGUGCUGCAUCCAGGUCUGUGUCACCUUUCUCUUUAGGGGGGACCUGCUGUCUCUGGUGGGUAAAGUCCCAGCCUUCUCCAGCCUUCAGGUCCCUGGGGAGCUCCCCCAGCAGUGAAAUGGGUGAGAGCAGGGAGGGAGCAGCGUGGCAGGAACGGGCAAAGCUCUGCUGUGGGCUGGGGCAGCGGGUGCCAGGCGUGUGCUGCAGCACAACAUGGUACAGGGAGACACGGGUGUGAGGCUGGAGCUGGGAGUUCAGCAGCACAGAGUGGAUUGGGGUGGAAAGGACCUUAAAGCUUGUGUUGUUCUACCCCCUGCCACAGGCAGGGACACCUGCCAGCAGCCCAGGGUGCUCCAAGCCCCAUCCAGCCUGCCCUUGGACACUCCCAGGGACGGGGCAGCCACAGCCUCUCGGAACAAAUUGCACCUGAGACCUCAUUUAUUCACCAUUUCUUGUGAAAUGACACCCAACACGUCCCCCAAGCUGAUGUGUUCCAAACAGCUCCACCUUCUGACUCUGGAAUGUGGCUUUUCUCAACUUCAGCCCUUCUCUCCCACGGUACAAAUCACACCCAGCACGUUACUGAGCCCCGCUCCAGGCAGGUCCCUCCCUCGGGAUAAACCUCAGCUGCUGCUCUGACUCCUGGCAAACAAACAGCCACACACUUUGGCUUUUGGAAGCAUCCUUGUGCCUGGGCUGGGGGGGUUAAUUAGCCCUUGGUGGGGGUUAAUUAGCCCUGGGGACUUCCUCCAGGCCUGGGAGGCUCUGGAAGCCUCUUACAGCCCCCAGAAGGAUGAUUCUUUCAUCGUGGGGGGAUCUGAGCCUGAUGGAAGGAAGAACCCACCCCAGAAUGCUGCUGCUGGAGGAGAUGCCGUGGGCUGUGCUGCCCAAAGCCCAGCUCCUGCUGGAUUAGGUGUAUUUGGUGUCAGUUCUUUCUGUUGUAAUAAAAUCCUCCUGUUAUUUUUAUAUGCUUGAAA